AUGCAUAUGUACUUUUGUGCACCGAAAGCAUAUGCACCUUUCGGUCUGUCUGACCAUAACACUAUUGUCGCAGAGCCUAAUGCCAUAGCGCCAAAAGGCAACAAUAAGAAAGUAAUAAUAAGACGGGACUGUCGGGCAAGUCGUAAAGCUGAAAUGGGAAGAUAUUUGAGCCUCUUUGAUUGGUCACAGUUGUUUGCUCCCUUGGAUAGUAGUGAGGAAAAGUGGUUGGUUUUCCAUGAAGUAAUACACAAUGGGCUUAACUUAUUAAUGCCGGAAAAACGUAUGGAGGUCAGCACUGUUGAUGCACCAUGGAUGAAUAAGAAAUUAAAGACCCUGAUUGCCAAAAGACAAAAGGCGUUUAAUAAGAAUGGAAACGGUUCCCUUAAUUUUAAAUACUACAGGAAUUUAGUCAACCGUGAAAGAAAGGCAUGCAGAGGGAAGUAUUAUGAAUCAAACAUACAAAAUCUUAGGGGUGAGAACCCUAAGAGAUGGUGGAGUGAAGCGAAACGUUUAAGUGGUAUGAAAGAAAAGAACAGCGAUCUGUCCAGUCAAAUAAAAAUCGACGAGUUCUCUAACUUUCCACAACGUGAACAGGCAAAUAUAAUUAAUACAGCUUUCUUGGAGCCCAUUGAGGAGUACAGGUUGGUCGUUCCACCACCAUGCCGCGACUUGGAAGAAUCAACGGAGGUCCUAACUGUGACAGAAAUGCGCGUAGAGAAGGCCCUAGCAAAACUCAACCCUGGAAAAGCGUCUGGUCCUGAUAACAUUCCAAAUUGGCUCUUAAGAGAUUAUUCCAGAAUUGUUGCUCUCCCAAUUAUGAAUAUUAUUAAUACUUCAUAUCGUGAACAGCAAUUGCCUGCAUGCUGGAAGAUGGCAGAUGUAUCUCCACUGCCUAAGAAGAAGCCG